AUGGAGUCUGCGGUGGCUGCGGCCAGCAUCUUGGCUGACACCACAGUGGUCAAGCCUCCGGAGAUUCGCCAGAGGAUCGAAGAAUUAAUCGCACCGUGGCGCGCGUCGGACGAGAAGCCACCUUUCACACCACUACAAGUCCUGGUCACGGCACUUCUGCUGCACGGCGUGGAGGCUCCGGCGGACGAUAUCCAUAUCUGGGCAUUGGAGACGUUCCGUUUCUACCGCAAACAUGCCGCCCUACUCCUGGGCUCGUAUUACCACAUUCACAACUCCAUCAAAACGCUGUUCUGCCGGUUCGAAUUACCACUGCGUAAAGAAAAGAGAGGCGACGUCAAGUACUACUCGGUCUCUCCGGUCACAGGCGAACUCCUUCUGGCAUCCAUUCUCCCGUUCACGACUGAAAAGGAACCCACCAAAUUCGACUUCUUCGGGCUGCCGGCCGAGCUGAGAGAGAAGAUCUACGAAAUGGUCUUUGGGUAUCCAAAAUCAGGGUUGGGCACCCUCCAUUGCUAUGGACAUUUCGAGACACUUUCCAAGUCUGGGAAUGAACAGUUCAGCUGGGACGCCUGGUACAAGAAGUGGGGGGCCUCUGGCAAGGAUCGCAUGGAGACUAUGCGAGUGCGCGACAUCCUGAACCCUCUACUGCUCAACAAGCAAUUCUAUGCCGAGGCUAUGCCGACUUUCUACCGCAUCAACCACUUCCACUGCAUGUCCUCAUCCGAGCUUGAGAGAUUUCUGACCUGCGUUGCACCCGAAAGGCUCGAGCAUGUCACGCACAUCUCCUUUCGCUAUUUCGGAGAGGAAAAGGCAUCAUCCAAAGCCUUCUCCAUGCUUGCCAAGAUGAAGCGCCUCCGCCGGCUAGACAUCAAAGUCAUACCUGACGAGGCAUCCUGGCUUCCAUUCAGGGGUAAGAAGAUGUACGAGAGCGUCAUGGGCAUGUGGGGCGUCAGCACGUUGAGGACGAUCCGGGGGCUGGAAAUCGUCAACUUUGAUGGUAGUCCAACCUUUGAGCGUGUGCUGAGACCAGAGAUGAUGCAGCCGAAGAUUGAGCAGAAGAAGGAAAAUGGCCGGAAGCGUAAGAUUGAGAGCGCUGAGGAGGUGUUGGGCGGAGUGUGGACAAGCAAGAAGGCGAAGGGGAGACCGAAGUGGAACGAUGAUGGGUUCAUAUGA